AACGCUCUCUUUCACUUUAGAUACCCAUAUCAUAGAGCUCAGCUCUAAGGUUCAGCACAGAUACCCAAUCGUGUCUAUCACCAAAAACAACCGUAAGCAGACAUGGCCGACAGAACGGCGCUGGAAGUUUAUUUGGAUUUGCUAUCACAGCCGUGCAGAGCAGUGCAUAUUUUUCUGAAUCACAAUAAAAUACCACAUACGGUGAAACUGGUAGCCUUACGAAAAGGUGAGCAUAAAACGCCAGAGUUUACCAGGCUGAAUCCUAUGCAGAAGGUACCUGUAAUGGUUGACAAGGGCUUUGUUCUGACAGAAAGCGAUGCCAUACUGAAGUAUCUGGCCACCAACUACGACGUCCCUGAGCACUGGUACCCACGGCAACCCGAGAAAAGGGCGCGAGUCGACGAGUACACUGCCUGGCACCACACCAACACGCGGCCGCACGCUGCCAAGGUCUUCAUUAUGGAGGUGUUGCUGGCCCGGAUGACCGGGGAGCCCCCAGACCCCGUAAGGCUGAGGAAAGCUCUGGCGCAGCUCAGCCAGACCCUGGACAAGCUGGAGGACAUGUUCCUGAAGAGACAGCCCUUCCUCUGCGGCGAUGACAUCACCCUGGCCGAUCUCCUGGCCGUAUGCGAGCUCAUGCAGCCCCUAGGUGGCGGCAGAGACAUCCUGACAGAGCGGCCCAAGCUCGUCGCUUGGAGGAGCAGGGUGCAGUCGGCGCUGAAGGAUUCGUUUGACGAGGCGCACGGGGUGCUUUACCGUCUCCGGGACAAAUCCAGAGCGAAGCUCUGAGAGAAACCGGGCCUAAGCGAGAACCGGAAUUUACUUCCGGUUGUUUUUUUUUUUGUUGACUGGCAGUUGUGUGAUCUAUGUGGUCACUUCUGGCACUACAAUCUUUACUUGACUCUAGGGUGUUUCUUUUUCACCUCUGCACCUUGAACUAAUGCACUUGUUGUACGUCGCUCUGGAUAAGAGCGUCUGCUAAAUGCCUGCAAUGUGUGAGAUAAAUGCAGAACUGGAGUGUGUGUGCACUUGGGAAUACUCUGGUUGUGACAGUUCUAAUUAUGGAAUUUUAUCUACUGAGCAUCAGUGUCUAUGAGGAAUUUCAGUGUCACGCAAUUCCAAACUCUGCCAAGCUGGUUAUUUAACCUUGUUUGAUAAAAUGGCAUAAAAUAAACACCACAUUUUAAAUUGA